UAACCGAUCCAUGUGAUGUUCUUUGAGAGGUCCAGGAGCCGCACCCGAGGGAUCCAUCAAUGGGCAAACUUUCUUGUCAGAGCUCCUGGAAAGGACAGAGGCAGUGAAAAUCUAAUCAAGAGUGAUCUUAGGCCAGCUCUGUGGCCUAAGGAGAAGACGGCAAGUACAGGUACCCCCAUCAGCGGCAGAAUGAUCACAGGGGACCAGAACCCAGAGGAGCAGAACCCAGAGGAGCAGUUUUUCUAUGAGUUCAUAUUCAGGCUUUUCAAAGAAAAUAAGGUGGAGAUUGCAAGUGCAAUAACAAAGCCGUUUCCUUUCCUCAUGGGCCUCCGAGAUCGGGGCUUCAUCCCUGAGCAGAUGUAUGAGCAUUUUCAAGAAGCUUGUGCAAAUCUGGUCCCAGUGGAGAGAGUGGUGUAUGAUGCUCUCAGUGAACUGGAGAAGAAAUUUGACAAGACAAUUCUGGAUGCCCUGUUCAGCAGAGUUAACCUGAAGGCCUAUCCUGAUUUACUCCAUGUUUGCAGAAACUUCCAAAAUGUGAUUCGUGAAAACUUCCAUUACCAAACUGUUGGUGAAGGAGAGACAAAGGAGACACUCAACUUACAAUUAAACCAUGAACAAGUGUCCUUGGAACAGUCACCUCUCCAAAUGAACAAUGUAAUAAGGUUAGAAGAUGUACCCAGCUUACUGCCAUAUAACAAACAAGGGAACAACAAUGCCUGUUGGGAGGCCUGUGAUGGAGAAGAGCCCCAGGGAGCCUGGAACUUCCCACCAAGAUGUGAGCUGGUUUCCUGUGAGCCCAAAGCUCUUCAAGGGACAAACGAAGGCAAUUCUGAAGAGAUUCCCAAACUGCAAGCAGUGACCUGUUAUCCCAAAACUCCCCAAAUGACUCACGAAGGAGAACCCAAGGAAGUGCUCUGCCUACUACCAGUAGAGGGAGAAGUGUCCUGUGAUCCUGAAGCUUCCCAAAUGACCAACAAAGAAGAACCAGAGGAGCUGCCUAGUCAACCACUAUGUGAUGGAAAAGAAGGAAGCAGUACCUGUUCAGAAGUGUGUGAUGAAGAAGAACCCCAGGAAUCCUUGAGCUCACUACCAAAAAGUGGAGCAGUAUCUGGCAAACUAGAAGCUCUUCAGAUGAAUACAGAAGGAGAUUCUGAGGAGCUAACUUCUGGCCCACCAUCUUAUAAUGGACAAGGAGCAGAGCCACCAACAUUUGGAAAUGAGAAGUGUUCCUGUGUUAUAUGUUUCUCAAAAGAUGUGCCAGGAGGUCCAGAAGGAAGUACUGAAAGUAAAGAAGCUAGUGACAUGAUGGAUACUGUGGAUCUUGGAAACAACUCUACUUUGGGAAAACCCAAGAGGAAAAGAAAAAAAAAGAAAGGGCAUUCCUGGUCAAGAGUAAAAAUGAAACAUCAGAGAAAAAUACCUCAAAAAGACAACAGCAACGCUGCUGGCCAACUGGCCUCGAGUGGAAAGAAGGUGAAAAGGCAUCUGCAGGACUCUGCCAAAAUCAGGAGGAGAAGGAGAGGCAGAGGGAGACUCCACUUAACUCAUAGUGACAGAGCCCCACAGAAAAAAGUUAAGUCAAGAGGGCGAAGAAAACGCAGAUAUCAAAAAGUGGAUUUUCACUCUCAGAUACUUCCUGUGACCUGUGGUAAGGUGAAGGGGAUGUUACAUAAGAAGAAAUUGAAAGAAGGAGUUUGGGUGAAGUGUAUACAGAGUGAGGAUGGAGACUGGUUCACCCCCAGGGAAUUUGAAAUCAGAGGAGGCCACGAAAGAUCCAAGAACUGGAAGAUAAGUGUUCGCUGCGGUGGGAUGCCCCUACGUUGGCUGAUCGAGAAAAGAUUUCUCCAUAACCCUCCAAGGAAAUAUGGCAGGAUGAGAAAGAAAAGAGUACCGAAGCCUCAUGACAAUACUUUAGAUGACCUUUGUCUGGGAAACUCAGAUGUGUGUGAGACGUGCAGGGAUGGAGGAAAGCUGUUUUGCUGUGAUACUUGUUCGAGAUCUUUUCAUGAGGACUGUCACAUCCCACCUGUGGAAACUGAGAGGGACCUGUGGAGUUGCACCUUCUGCAGGGCAAAGGAGUUUUCAGGAAGCCAGCGAUGUCUCGCGGAAUCUGAGGUCCUGGCAAGGCAGAUGCAGCCCGAGGAGCAGUUGAAAUGUGAGUUCCUCCUCUUGAAGGUCUAUUGUCAUUCAGAGAGCACCUUUUUUGCGAAGAUUCCAUACUACUAUUAUAUUAAAGAGGCUUCUAAAAACCUAAAGGAACCCAUGUGGUUGGACAAGAUCAAGAAGAAGCUGAACGAGCAGGGUUACUCCCAUGUGGAGGGGUUCGUGCAGGACAUGCGCCUCAUCUUUCAGAACCACAGGGCAUCUUACAAGUUCAAUGACUUUGGCCUAAUGGGACUUAGACUGGAGGCCGAAUUUGAGAAGAAUUUCAAGGAAGUGUUCACUAUUCGGGAGACAAACGAGGACAGCUCACUGGAAUAGUGGAUGUUGUUAGUGUCCUGGAAAACCCCUUCUGGAGCAGACUUCUCAUCCCCCAGCCGCAUGGAAGGCUGGCUGCUCGCGCCGCCCCUCCCCAGAGCAUUGCCUUCAGCCAGAUGGAGCGAGCUUCACCUGGAGGGUUACACUU